GGGAGCCAUGGGCUGAUGGGCAGUCAGGCCAGGUAUAUGUACCACGUUUUGACCAAAAAUACCACUGUGACUGAUCACAACCGGAACCUGUUGGUGGAGACCAUUCGGUCCAUAACGGAGAUCCUUAUAUGGGGAGACCAAAAUGACAGUUCAGUAUUUGACUUUUUCUUGGAGAAGAACAUGUUUGUGUACUUCCUGAACAUUCUGCGCCAGAAGUCCGGCCGCUACGUCUGUGUGCAGCUGCUGCAGACCCUGAAUAUCCUCUUUGAGAACAUUCGCCACGAGACUUCGCUCUACUAUCUGCUUUCGAACAACUACGUAAAUUCCAUCAUUGUGCACAAAUUUGACUUCUCGGAUGAAGAGAUUAUGGCAUACUAUAUUUCGUUCCUGAAAACGCUGUCUUUGAAGCUGAAUAAUCACACGGUUCAUUUUUUUUACAAUGAGCACACAAAUGAUUUUGCCCUUUACACAGAAGCAAUCAAGUUCUUCAAUCACCCGGAAAGCAUGGUCAGGAUUGCAGUUAGAACGAUAACGUUAAAUGUUUACAAAGUGUCAUUGGAUAACCAGCCGAUGCUGCACUACAUCCGGGACAAAACAGCCGUCCCUUACUUCUCCAAUUUGGUCUGGUUCAUUGGGAGCCACGUCAUACAGCUGGAUAACUGCGUGCAAACCGACGAAGAGCAUAGAAAUCGGGGGAAGCUAAGUGACCUGGUAGCUGAGCACCUUGACCAUCUUCACUACCUGAAUGACAUCCUCACCAUUAACUGUGAAUUCUUAAAUGACGUGCUCACUGACCACUUACUCAACAGUCUCUUCCUUCCUCUGUACGUCUAUUCCUUAGUGAACCAAGAUAAGGGCGGGGAACGUCCAAAAAUAAGCCUCCAGGUUUCUCUAUAUCUACUCUCACAGGUGUUCCUGAUUAUACACUACACGCCUCUAGUGAAUUCUCUGGCUGAAGUCAUUCUGAAUGGAGACCUCUCUGUGUUUUGUUCCCAAAUUGAACAAGAUGUCCAGAAAAGCUCAGUGAAGACUGGCAUCAGGUGCUUCAUUAAGCCUUCAGAGACAUUGGAGAGAUCGUUGGAGAUUAAUAAGCAUAAGGGGAAGAAGAGGCAGCAGAAAAGGCCCAACUAUAAAAACGUGGGAGAGGAUGAGGAGGAAGAGAGGCGGCCUGAGGAGGCUUCGGAUGGCGGAAUGGAAGGUCCCUCGAAAACCAUCAAGCCUAGUGGGGAGAGCGAAGAAAUUGAGAUGGUGAUCAUGGAGCGAUUCAAGUUGAUCUCCGUAACGGAGCAAAAUAUAACAGAUGAAGAAAAGAGCGCGGCUGCUUCGGAGAUGUCGAACUGGAACAGGCCUUUUCUUGAGAUGGUGUACAAUGCCCUCGAGUGUGCGGAGUCUGACUACUACGCGCUGUUUGUGCUGUGCCUCCUGUACGCCAUGUUGCACAACAAAGGAAUUGAGCCGCUCACCCUGGAGAGAAUUCAGCUCUCGGCCCAGAGUGACGAAGAGAAGACAACGUACAACCACGUGCUCGCCGAACGGCUCAUUCGAAUCAUGAAUUACGCCACUCAGCCAGAUGGCAAAAUCCGUUUGGCCACGGUGGAGCUCGGCUGCCUGCUGUUGAAGCAGCUGGUGAUGACAAAACUUCGCAGUAUUAUAAAAGAUGUUCACCUUGCCUGUCUGGAAGUGAGUGUUCAGGGUGCAAGAGAAGAAAGCAUUCACUUGGUGCGCCGUUUCUAUAAGGGAGAAGAAAUUUUUCUGGAUAUGUUCGAAGAUGAAUAUAGGAGUAUGACGAUGAAACCCAUGAACGUGGAGUACCUGAUGAUGGACGCAUCCAUCCUCCUGCCUCCCACAGGAACCCCACUCACAGGGAUUGAUUUUGUGAAGAGGCUUCCCUGUGGCGAUGUGGAGAGAACGCGGAGGGCGAUCCGCGUCUUCUUCAUGUUGCGUUCAAUUUCACUGCACCUCCGAGAGGAGCCCGAGACGCAAUUGCCUUUAACGAGGGAGGAGGACUUAAUUAAAACCGAUGACGUCCUAGAUUUGAAUAACAGUGACUUAAUCGCUUGCACCGUGGUAACCAAAGAUGGGGUCCAAGUCCAGCGGUUCCUGGCUGUGGACAUAUAUCAGAUGAGCUUGGUUGAGCCGGACGCCGUCCGCUUAGGCUGGGGAGUCGUGAAGUUUGCAGGACUUCUCCAGGACAUGCAGGUGACGGGAGUCGAGGACGACAGUCGGGCUCUGAAUAUCACCAUCCACAAGCCAGCCUCCAGUCCUCACUCCAAGCCCUUCCCCAUCCUUCAGGCCACAUUCAUUUUUCCGGAUCACAUCCGUUGCAUCAUUGCAAAGCAGCGCCUGGCCAAGGGCCGCAUCCAGGCUCGGCGUAUGAAAAUGCAGAGGAUUGCAGCUCUGCUAGACCUCCCGGUCCAGCCCUCCAACGAAGUGAUGGGCUUUGGCCACGGUUCCGCUUCCGCCACACAGCACCUGCCCUUCCGCUUCUACGACCAAGCCCGACGCAGCAGCUACGACCCUGCUGUGCAACGCUCCGUUUUCGCCUCGGUCGACAAGGUCCCAGGCUUUGCCGUCGCCCAGUGUGUCAGCCAGCACAAGCCCUCGCCGCUUUCUUCGCCGUCCCCUUCGUCCAGCGGGAGCACCGGGCGCUGCGAUUCGGCGACCGCCAGCUCCACGUCAACCCCUUCCAUGGUGCAAAGCCCCUCAGGCCGGAGAGGAAAGGACGGCGUCGGGUGUUCAGUCUCUCCGAGGCCGACGAUCAUGGUGGACGCUGGGUUUAGGUCUUCCAACGGCAGCAGCCGCAGCCUUUGCAAACACCCUUCAGACGACUCGGUCGCUCUGGAGCAGCCCCAGGCCUCCACCUCGUCUUCAGGCCACCUCUCCAGGACGGAGGUCUCCUCCGAACUCGCCCCGAAGCCCGGCAAGAUCCUCGGGAAGAACGCCGAUGCGGAGAAGGCAAACUUGUCCCCGAGCCUGAUCCCUGCCCCCCAGCCCACCAUCUCCCUCAUCUCGAACGACAGCGCAGACACGCCGAGCGUGGAGUCCCUGACGCUGGUGCCGCCGGUCGAUCCAGACAGCAUCCUCGCCGUCGGGGGCCUGCCUCCACCACCGCCAGCGGCCUCGGAGGCAGAGGUUUGCACAGAGCCCCAUUGCGGCCACGCGAGUUGUUCCUCAGCUGGUGACACAGAAUGACGGAGAGGCCUGAGACCAAACGCCAGCUCACGGGAGAGCGGUUGAGGGAGACAGCGGCUUCCUGUUUGGCAACAUCCCACAGCCCUCCUUGACGGAGUCUCCUUGACCCUAAAGCUUCUUCUGGCUUCUUUUUCCAAAGGAAACGAGAGAGGGGGAAUGAGAGGAACCCCACGGAGACUUGGGAACGGAGGGCACCCUGGGAUUCAGAGUGGUGGCGGUGAUCUGGGCUCUGGAAUCCUUGCCCUUUGCCACUUUUAAAGAAAGACCUUUUGUGCAGUUCUCUGUGUUAUGAACCUGUUUGUUGGCAAACGCACCAACUGCAGCCAAGCCAUGAGAACCCCACCGAGUUGGGGGUCUGACCCAGUUCUCUGUCCACGUGGAGGAGGUCUCUGCUUCUCUGGAGAAAAGGAAAACUCAGGAAGCUGAGAAGAGGGGAUUCGUCCUACCUUUACCCCAGCCCAAAAUUCCAGCCAAAAUUCUGGCCCAUGAUGUCAGACGCUCUAACACAUGAGCCUCCUUCAGACGGUUUUAUUUCUCACUUGCUUGGAAGGCGUGAGAGUCAUCUACGGAACACAUGGCCGAGCCGGCCCGCUUGUAUUUUUAGCGCUGCUAGACUUUAACAUUCAGCCUGUGUGUAUUCUGUGUGUCAUGAUUUUAACUCAAAAGCUGUACGCACACCGGUUGCCAGGGAGAGGGGUGGUUGGGAAGGGGCUGCAGACAGAUAGAUCUGUAUUAACAAAAUCUGAUUUUGGCAGUAAUUUUCAAGGGCUUAUUUGAAUGAAAUCACGGGAAAAUGUUAGGCAGAGUUUUGUGUAAAGAAUUUCAGAAGAAUGUACAAUAUUUUAGCAUACCAGUGUUCUCACUUACUUUGCUGUGCUUGUCAUCUUUUCUGUGUGGGGGACGGAUCCUGCAGGGGUAGCUUUCAAACAAGAUUUCUUUUACAGACUUGUACAUCCGUCCACUUUGCUUCCUACCUGCAUAGGUGUUUCCUGCUGCUGAGCGCUCCCCCAUUCUCCCUGCACCCAUCUUGGGCCUGUGCCUUCCAGUUUCCUAACAGCUAUAGCUUUUCUUUACAAGUUUCUACAUCGUUUCCAUGGUCUGUUUUCAGACUUCACCAGUAAUAGCGGCAGUUAGCAUUCAGGAUAAAUGUUAGCUUUCCAGUUUUACCUGGAGGAGCACCUUUACCGUCCUGGCUCCCAGGGAUUAUUUAAGGCGAACCCAGACCCUGACAUCAGUUGCAUCAGUUUAAUGAAUCUGAAUGUCCCCAUUUUCAUUCCAGAUGCAAAAUCCAGAUUAUUCUAAAAUUUACAAAUUAUCCUUCUUUGGUGGGUGCAGGAAAAUGGUUUGCAGGAUAGUAACAUUCGCAGAGUAACCGUCUUCCUUUCUUGUGAAGUGGAUGCCAGCACGGCUCUUUGCGAGGUUCCAAGCCUGUUGUGAGGAGCUUGCCACAGUUUUGCAGCCUGGGUUCGGACUCCACCGUGUGUUGCUUUCUGCCACAUAAAUGCUGGAAUCGCCACUUCCUCCGUGGAAUGAGGAAUCGCCCAGGAAUCUUCAACGCAGUGAAUCUGCUAACUUUGCCGAUUGCUGUAUUUACAGAAACACUGCCCGAAGGCAGAUGGAGUCCUUUGGGUGAAUCUCAGAGAUACCGGCCUUAAAGCUGUUCAAGUGAUGGGGGUUCCAUCCUGCAGUUGUCGGUGGCUUUAAAAAAAGAUGCCCAUUCAUUAUUUUCAGGCAACACUCUCAGAGUUCAUUCCAGGCCUUCUGUGCUCAGUGCUGGUGUAAGCCCCUUCCAUUUUAUCUGAGUAGGACUUUCAUAAGUUAAGCGCUCUGGGGAGUGAGGACGGAUCAUGGACCAGAAACCAGCCAGAAGGCUGUCCGUCCAACCCAACUUCCAGGACCCAUCUUCCUGUCUUAACCUUUUUCAGGUUAAACCGUGGCAUUUGUGACCACAAGAGGCAGUAAAACUGACCUGUCUGGACAGCUUUAAAACAGGAAACUAGAGCUGCUCUCGAAGGACGGGGUUAUCCAAGGGUGGCUAUGUGUGCCUUCCAGGGUCGUGAUCCUGUGCCUCUUAAGACCAGCAACAGAAAAACACUAGCAGAACAAGGUUACCUCUGGCCGGUGCGGCCGGUCAGCUGCCUCGGACGAAGGGUGGAUGAUGGCAGAUGGAUCCACUACACUUGAUACCCCAAGGGGUUCAGACCAGUCUGAAAAGAGAGAUGAUGACACCCUGCGCCCGUUCAGCAACGUAAAGACCCAGCACGUCAUCGCCCAGAAGAAGACGGCUUACAGAUCUAGACCUGGAGGUCGUAUCUUUCUACCGGUGGAGAGAAAAAUAUGGCAGGGCCCAAAAAUAGCUCCUUUGCUCUGAAAUCAAUACCAGGCAGCUCAUAAAGUAAUGAUGUGGGUAAUUAAACAGUGUGGGGUGUGUGUGAUGGAUUAGUUUCUGCACUGCAGCGGCAGCUGCCCUUUGAAUAACGACCAACUCUGGGAGGGAAGUACAAUAAUUAGUCCGUAAUGGAGUGUCUCUCGGCAGAGAGUAAAAUGUGUUUUACUUGUAAAACUGGGAAGGGAAGCGAUGGAGAAAGUGGUGGGUUUGUUGGACCUGCAUGUGUGUGGAUUCCUCUGCCCGCACGAAGGAACAAAUGGGUCAUGUGGCACCUUAAAACGUGGCAUGUUUUCUUGGGCAUCAGAUGAACAUCAAGGUGUGGGAUGCAGGCCACCGGUGUUACACCAGGGAAAGCGUGUUACUCUCUAAGAUGCAACAAGAAAUGUAUCUGAGUUCUUUGGCGUGUUCUCUCGGGCACAAAGGGGUUUUGCUAGAAUAAAACAAGUCAACCCCUCCUAGGUUUCUCUUUGGAGAUCUCCAUGAUAAACGAUAAACAAGGCAAACUGAGGCAGCCGCCACCGAGGAGGGUCCAGACGGCAAAGCAGAACCUCCAUCUUCCGGAGCAGUCUACCAGAUACUGAGAUAUAUCGAGAAGCCAGUGCUUCCUGAAUGCAAGCUGGCGAUUAGCCAGGCCAUUCUCCUAUGGGGGACGUGUUUUACUUCUCCUAGAACUUUAACCCACUAACCCCUGGGGGUUAGCCAAUCUUCACCUGAAAAUAGUUCUCCUUUUUAAGGUGAGAGGUGGUGGGUUUUAAACGUUUUCAAUAAAGAAACCUGAA